AUUGUCAUUGAAGGAACAAGGUGAAGGUGUGAUAACAAAAUGAAUCUUUCCACAUUAUUACUGUAUGGUUUCUGCGUCUCCUUUAUAUUAUCACUAUACGUCGAAGGAACGUCAAGCAAGUAUUUGCGCCGUCAUCAGAAUUACCGUCGGAGUUACCGUCGGGUUUACGCACACCGAUAUUACAAAUAUUAUGGUUACAAUAGUCUAGCAAGGAGACAGAAAAAAGCAGCAGAUCAAGUAAAAAGGAUUUUUGAAGCCGCUCGAACGGUUAACCCAGACAUGUUUGCAAUAACGCGACCGCAAGCAGAUAACUUUACCAACCAGAUGUUACUUGAAGAGAUCGUGCGCCCGCCUUAUGAAGUUUGCGCGAAUAAAACUUUACCAAAAUAUACAGAUUGUAAAAUACUCGAGCUUCAAGAUAUAUUUGCAAGUUACACUUGCGAUAAUAAAACAGCAUCCAGACAACAAGCUUCAGACGAACAUCACCGUGUACGGCGUAUGACCACGACAACAAAUUCUGACGGGAGUGUUACAGAAAUAAGGGGCUGUUCCGAACGGAGAACAGUUACACUUAACAACAACUUGAGGUUAUGUAAAAUGUGUGCUGCUACUACUACAUUACCACAGAACGUAUUCCCGCGCUUUAUAAAUGAAAUUAUUUGCGACAGAGAUACAACUUGCUUGACACGUCAAGGAAGGUGUUACCAAAACUACGUCCUUCUUGAGUUUCGAAGGGAUACAAACGAAGUAGGUUUGAACCGUCUUGGAGAAUGGUCGAAAUAUCGCCAGAAAAUUCGUACCUGUUGUUCAUGUCAAGCGCUUAAAGGUGGAUUGAUAGAAAGAUUUGUAUGAAAAGGCGCCUGAUAAAUUUAUGUUACAUUAGCACCUUAUAGACUUUUAUUUGCAUAGAUGUUUUCUUUGUAAACAUUAACUUGCAUAAACUAUA